GGCUGUCACAUGGUGACAGAAGAACUGCACUCCAUAACCUUUGAAACCCAGAUCUGCCUCUAUGGCCUAACCAUUGAUUUGGAGACCAGCUCGUUACCUGUGGUGAUGAUUUCCAAUGUCAGUCAGUUACCUAAUGCUUGGGCGUCCAUCAUUUGGUACAACGUGUCAACCAAUGAUUCCCAGAACUUGGUUUUUUUCAAUAACCCUCCAUCUGCCACACUGAGCCAACUCCUGGAAGUGCUGAGCUGGCAGUUCUCAUCAUACGUUGGCCGCGGCCUUAAUUCGGACCAACUCAACAUGCUGGCAGAGAAGCUCACAGUCCAAUCUAGCUACAGUGAUGGUCACCUCACCUGGGCCAAGUUCUGCAAGGAACACUUACCUGGUAAACCAUUUACUUUUUGGACAUGGCUGGAAGCAAUAUUGGAUCUAAUUAAGAAACACAUUCUUCCACUUUGGAUUGAUGGGUAUGUCAUGGGCUUUGUGAGCAAAGAGAAGGAACGGCUCUUGCUGAAGGAUAAGAUGCCUGGAACCUUUUUAUUGAGAUUCAGUGAAAGUCAUCUCGGAGGAAUAACUUUCACCUGGGUGGACCAUUCUGAAAAUGGGGAAGUGAGAUUCCACUCUGUAGAGCCCUACAACAAAGGCCGGUUGUCCGCUCUGCCGUUCGCUGACAUCCUCCGAGACUACAAAGUUAUUAUGGCUGAAAACGUGCCUGAAAACCCUCUGAAGUACCUGUAUCCUGACAUUCCCAAAGACAAAGCCUUCGGUAAACACUACAGCUCCCAGCCAUGUGAAGUUUCAAGACCAACAGAAAGGGGAGAUAAAGGUUAUGUUCCUUCAGUUUUCAUCCCCAUCUCAACAAUCCGAAGUGAUUCAAUGGAGCCACACUCUCCUUCUGACCUUCUUCCCAUGUCUCCAAGUGUCUAUGCGGUGCUAAGAGAAAACCUGAGUCCCACAACGAUUGAAACUGCGAUGAAGUCUCCAUAUUCUGCUGAAUAAUAGGAUAAACUCUGACACCCCAAAGAAGGACGCAAAUGAAAACGUUUAAAGACUGUUCUUUGCCAAGGACCACAUCUUCUUUCUUCAGCUCUGUAAAUAUCGGUUUCUAGGAAAUGGAUGACAUCUGAGGCUUUCUCCUUCCUGCAUGGCACCCGCACAAGUGGGAGUGUUGUGACUGAAAUGCUAAAACCAAGUUUCAGAUAAAUUUACAAGAUAAGACAAACUAAGAAACCAGUGUUAAUAACAGUAUUAACAGA